CAUUCCACAUAAGUGCUUGAAGACAGCAGAGCUCACAAGCCUCUAGAGAAGAACCAGAAAGAGAUCAGAAAGAAAUCACCUGGAGUAGCCAUGACUUCCAAGCUGGCUGUUGGUCUCCUGGCAGUUUUCAUGUUUUCUGCCCUUCUAUGUGAAGGUCAAGUUCAACCAAGAAGUAGUACAGAACUUAGAUGCCAGUGCAUAAAAACACACUCUGUACCUUUCCACCCCAAAUUAAUUAAAGAACUGAGAGUGAUCGAGAGUGGACCACACUGUGAAAAUUCAGAAAUCAUUGUGAAGCUCACCAAUGAUAAAUUGCUCUGUCUGGAUCCCACAGCAAAGUGGGUGCAGAAGGUUGUGCAGAUAUUCUUGAAGAGAACUGAGAAUCAAGAGUCAUAAAAGAUGCAUUCUACAUGUUUUCCAAAAAUUCCUUAUUGAAGAUGUCAAUGAAACCUCAAGCAAAACAACUUCCAUACUUCACAUACUGUGUGAAGCUGGACUAGGGUCACUGGAUAAAACACAGGACAUACAGUUAGAUUUGAUUUCAUUGAAAUAAUGAAUUCAGUUUAUCAGUGAACUCUCAUGUGCAUUGUCCCAUAAAAUAUACAAAGAUACUUAAAAAUAUACUUAAUGUCUACCAUGAGUUUAAGUUUAGCUGGAAAUCCUGUAUUUUAAAAUUUUUAACCUUGCAGUCCUUGUCUACUGGCCAGGACCCAUGGUUCCUUUUCAAUUGCAUUUGUUUUUUUGUUUGUUUUUCUUAACUGGAGAGAAAACAUCAGUCACCAGUCUCCCUCACACUCAUGUAAAUAUGUGGAAGCACUUUAAUUUUUUUCAUGGCCAUGGAAUUAUUUUGAAGUGUAACUUAUUUACUUAUUUAUUAUUUAUGUAUUUAUUUAAGGAUCAAAUAUAGUACUGUGUGCACAUGAAUUUGAAAACAAAUAGGAAAAAUAACAUUGUUGGUAUGAUAAUAUGUGGAUGUAUAUUUACUAUACAUAAUAAGUGAUGCUAUAUUAAGGAGCUAUUUUUGUUCAAAGUUGCUAUAUUUCAAUUAGGGUUGCCAGAUUUGUUAACUUAAGCAAAUGAAGAGGAUAUCAUGUCCAUUUGAUUUUUAUCCCAGACAAAUAAUGGAUACGUAUUUUUGGUAUAUCAUUAACUAAAAUGUCUGUUUAAUUAGAAAACAGUAAAAAUUCACCAUGCAAUAUUAGCAGAACAAUUUCUUCCUGGUUAAAACUAAUGUGUUAUAUGCAAAUUGGUUCUUACAAUCUUAUCUAAAAUGUUCUGUUUUUAACAUUGAUUUUAAUUUUUUUAAAUUUUAAGAUGCUUGUAUGUGUUUCAUAAUAAAACUGUCACAAUAAAACAUUUAAAUAAAAUUUAUUGUCAAAGUCA